AUGCUUGGUCUCAGCUCCAGCCCCAUCUCCUCACGCAUUCAUCUUAAUUACGAAGUUUUUAUGAUGACAAUUUCGGGGCUGCGUUUCACUACAAGUCAGGAGCUGCGUUACCUGCUGCAGCACCCGCUAAUCUCGAGUUUCCUCUUCCUCAAGUGGCACCGCCUCUCGGUGAUCUUCUAUCUGAACUUUCUACUUUACUCUCUCUUCACUGCCUCCAUUAUCACGCAUACGCUCCUUAAGUUCCACGAAAGCGACCACACGGGCCUGACUGCCCUCUUCGGCCUGUUCUCUUGGAUAGGGAUUGUGUAUCUCAUGAUCCGAGAGGUCAUACAGCUUGCCAUGUCGCCGCUGCUGUACUUCAGGUCCAUCACGAACCUGAUGGAGGUGGCUCUCAUUGUCAUCAAGACGAUUGUGAUGCUCACGGGAGAAUUUGAUGCCGGUGACAUAAAGUUUGACAGCGUCUACACUUACCUGAUCUUCCUGCUCUUUGUGUUCUUCAUGACCAUUGUGCUGUUCAAUCUCCUGAAUGGUCUGGCUGUCAGCGAUACUCAGGCCAUCAAGGCCCAGGCGGAACUGAACGGCGCCAUUGUCCGCACCAAUCUGCUGACCCGCUACCAGCAAGUUCUCACU